AACAAGAGAAGGGCAAAGGUGGAACAAACUAUUCCCUCAUUUCCCCAUCCCAUUUCUUUCUUCUCGUCCGUCUCUCUCACAAUUUAUCAUAUUACCUCUCUCUCUCUCUCUCUUCCAACUGCAUUGCCAUUUGCCAACUCACAAUCACAGCAAAACAAAUCAAAUUCUCUCUCCCCUUUUCUUCGCUGCUUGCUUGCUGCUGCAUCUGCGUGUUUGUUGGAUGCGGCCACUUCUCCCCUCUUUCGCUCUUCCAAACCCAAUCAAAACCCCACUCUUCUUCUCCCUACUUUUCCACCCUUCCUCCGCCGCCGCCUCCACGCUCCGCCGACCCACUCCUCUCUUCCUAUCCUUCCUCCCGGCCUCGUUCCGCCCGCGAUCCUUCUCGAAUUCUCCCCCUACAAUGGCGAUCCCUCCAAAGCUCCUCUCCUCCUCCGCAUCCAUCGCCACCACCUCCAGUCUCGGCAGCAACUCCGCCGACCACGGCCUUGCUGCUAAGCUCUGGAUCAAAUUCCGCCGGGAAUUGCAUUUCGCCAUGUACACUCCCUUUCUUGUCUCUUUGGCCUCCGGCAAUCUGAAGGCCGACACCUUCAGGCACUACAUCGCUCAGGACGCUCACUUCCUCAAAGCCUUCGCCCACGCGUAUGAAUUAGCAGAAGAGUGUGCUGAUGAUGAUGAUGCAAAGUUAGCAAUCGCUGACUUGAGAAAAGCUGUUUUGGAGGAGCUCAAGAUGCAUAAUUCAUUUGUUCUGGAUUGGGGUAUUGACCCUGCCAAAGAAGUUAUAGCAACUUCUGCAACUGUCAAAUACACAGAUUUCCUGUUGGCUACUGCAUCUGGAAAAGUGGAAGGUGUAAAAGGUCCUGGUAAACUGGCUACGCCUUUUGAGAGAACGAAGAUUGCAGCUUACACUAUCGCUGCCAUGACACCUUGCAUGCGACUUUAUGCCUUUCUCGGCAAGGAAUUACAAACACUAGUGGAUUUAAAAGAUGGCAGUCACCCAUAUAAGAAGUGGAUCGAAAAUUAUUCUUGUGGUAGUUUCCAGGCAUCCGCUUUCCAAACAGAAGACUUGCUGGAUAAACUCAGUGUCUCUUUGACUGGAGAAGAGCUAGAUAUCAUUGAAAAGCUUUAUCACCAAGGCAUGAAACAUGAAGCAGAGUUCUUCUAUGCACAGCCUCUUGAUCAGCCCACCGUAGUGCCUUUCGCAAAAGAUCAUAACCAUGAUGGAGACCGCCUUGUCAUAUUUUCUGAUUUUGAUUUGACUUGCACCGUUGUUGAUUCAUCUGCAAUCUUGGCUGAAAUUGCUAUUGUAACUGCACCAAAAUCUGACCAGCCUCAACCCGAGAAUCAAAUUGCACGGAUGUCAUCAGCUGAGCUCAGGAACACAUGGGGACUGCUCUCGACGCAAUACACAGAAGAAUAUGAACAGUGCAUUGAAAGCGUCUUGCCCCCUGAAAAAGUGGAGUUCAACUAUGAAGCUCUUUGCAAAGCACUUGAGCAACUUUCAGAUUUUGAAAGAAGAGCAAACACCAGAGUGAUUGAGUCUGGAGUCCUCAAAGGUCUGAAUCUCGAAGACAUAAAACGAGCUGGCGAGCGACUGAUUCUUCAAGAUGGUUGCAGUAAUUUCUUCCAGAAAAUUAAUGGAAACGAUAAGCUGAACUCAACUGUGCAUGUGCUCUCAUAUUGUUGGUGUGGCGAUCUCAUUAGAUCAGCUUUCUCAUCAGGGGGGCUUGGUGUUGUCAGUGUUCAUGCAAAUGAGCUGACUUUCCAAGAGUCAAUCUCCACUGGAGAGAUUGUAAAGAAGGUGGAGUCUCCAAUGGACAAGGUCGAAGCUUUCCACCACAUAUUGAAGAACUACAAAGAUGAUAAUAAGAAUUUCACGGUUUAUAUUGGGGACUCAGUGGGCGACUUGCUCUGCCUGCUUCAGGCUGAUGUGGGAAUUGUUAUUGGAUCGAGCUCAAGCCUAAGGACGGUAGGGAGUCGGUUUGGUGUUUCUUUUGUACCAUUGUUCCCUGGUGUGCUGCAAAGGCAGAGAGAAUGUAUAGAAGGAAGCUGCUCCAUGGGCAAGAGCCUGUCUGGGACUCUGUACACAGUUUCUAGUUGGUCCGAGAUACAUGCCCUCAUCUUGGGAUGGUGAUUUGUUCCUUCCCCAAAGGCAUAUUACUAGCAUCGGAUUUUAGAAUUUUGAACACAGACAGAGAGAUACAAUGUGGCCUGGGUUUUUAUUUUGAGCCACAGAUGUGAGAAUGAGAUGAUACAUGCUGCUGUUCCUUGUACCCCCUUUUUAUUUCCAGAAAGAAUUUCUUCCCUCAGCUGGAAUGCACCGUCAUUCUUUUCUGGCGACACGGCAACGUGAACCGGGUAAGCUUUCGCAGUUCUGUGUUUCGUCCUUUAUUGUGUUCCAUCUGGCGGUGAGAGUUGUUCUCAGUUAUACUUGUUUUUCUUUCUCGUUUCAGGUUCAGCAGCUUGCAGAAAAUGAAAAGAAAGGUUGUUGGAGGCAGCAGAGGAGUUCUUCUAUCUAUAGAUACGGUAAUUGUCGAAUAGCCAAGGAAUGAAUAGGUGUCGUUGAACCCCUGAAUAUUGAUUGGAACCACUAGUAUUAAAUGAAUGUAGUGGGUGUAACAAGGACAAUGUCAUUGGCAUGUUGGGGUUGAUAUGCAGAAUUCUCUACUCUUUUCGGUGACGGAGUUGCAUUAUUGGCAAAACUGCCAUUUGGUACUAUUGAAAGCUUUUUUUUUUUUUUUGUUUAUUAACGGAUAGAAAGGAUUAAGUGUUGGAUAUUGGAAUGAAAGGGAUUAGCAAUU